AUGGCCAACGCUGAUGCGAACGCCGCUAACGGCGGCGAUGCUCCCGAUCCAGAACUCUAUGUAGCAAUAGCCUCAUUGGUAAUCGCUCUGGUUGCUCUCCUGGGGACUGUUUUGCAAGUUCUCCAGCAGUAUUACGCAUCAGCGACGGGCUUCUCGAAUUGCGACGAGCGCGUCAUGGGCAAAUGGUCAGAUAGCAAAAGACGAGUCUUCAGAUGGAAAGAACUUCGCUUCGAGGUCCAAUUCGAGACGCCAGUAAUCUUUGUAUGCAAGGCGAUCAACCAGAACGGCCCAAUUAAAGAAAAGCCAAUAGAACACAUCGAUGGAACUCUGAAAAGCCAAGAGAGGACCAAGACGGAUCCGCUGGAGCCACACAAGAGCGAGGCCCGGCCUGGGUUGGGAUCCAAGCCUGCUUCAUUGGUGAAGAUACCCUCUUUGGGGUUUUUGGACGAGAGAGUUAGGAAGCGAAAAAAUGGGACAUGGAACUCGACACGGACCGACACCAACCUGAGUGCAUCACCCAAAGCCGAGUCGGCAAAACGCAUCCAUACAGCAGACAAUGAGAAAGCAACAUGGGUUCACCUAUUGUCCGAGUUCCAGCGCAUGGAGCUCGAGUCAACUACAUGGAUAAAAUCGGAACACAAAUGGCAUGCAGACAGGAACCAGCUAGGCCCGCGGCAAGAAUCGCCCUUUCACGAGCGCGAGUUGGUCGUUGCGGUGCAGGCCAAACCGCGCAGUUGGGAUACCAUGCCGUCAAACAUCAAGAAGCCGUACGCAACCAGCACAGUGUGUCAUAUCAUUGAGAUUUCUGCAAUGUUGGGUCUUCACUGGAAAGAGUUUGAUCGUUCCAAGGACAAGUAUCGCGCCGAGGGAAAUGGCUACUUGCUCACGGGAAGCCAGGUUCCCGAUCUGGGUAUCAUGUUCAUCUUUCAGAUCUACGGUAAACAUAGCUUCCGUGACGGCCGCAUUGUUCCUUCGGAGCUGGUAAAAGUCUUUUCAUUCGGCAUUGUUCCUACAAUAUACUCCAAAGCCAAGCAGAUGCCCGUAGAUUUUGUCACGGAUGAGCCAGAAGACCUUGAAUAUCUUCUUCUAGGCAGCCUCAACGAGUUCGCCGAGACCGUGGCUUCUUUCGGCUGUAACACUCGUACCGCUGACAUUCUGAGGGAUGACAAGAAAAAACACGGUCACUUGUUUCCUAUUGCUUUUGAAAUCAUGGGUAUGCUGUCCAAGACUCCACACAUCUCAGGUUUGCCGUUUCGAGUGGUUCCAAACCCCACGGUGUAUACCUGGGAUAAGAGGUUUUUUGACCUGCGGAGGCUGCUGAACGAGUUCCAUCGGUCGAUACAUAACGAGGAUCUGAUGCCGACAGACAGCUCGUCAGUUUCCGCCCAUAUCAGAGAGCUGCGGAAAUACACUGCAAGAGUCUCCCAAACCCUCACAAGGCAGUGGGAAGAUUGGAAAAGAGAAAAGGAUGUCGGUCGCAAGCCAGAUCGCAACGAGCACCACCUCACUUUUGAUUCCUGCGACGAGUUGCAGGCAGCUAUCCAAUGGUGUGACGAUUUCCUGAAGAUGCCCCGCAAUCGAGAGUGCGUCAAGGUCGUUCUGCGCGAGCACAUUCAAGAAGUGCUGCGGAUCGUCAACGACGAGGAAAAAGUGGCAGUCUCACAGCAGGAUGCCGUUGCGGAAUUCAAGGCCAAGCGAGCAAGCAUGCACGCCAACCACGGCGGCGGCAGGACGCACUCGGGCGUCGUGCAGCUGAGUGCUGCUUCUCCAGAGCAGAGGCAUCACGUCUUUAUGGAAAUCUACUUUGGCGAGGUUCGUCCGCGUGUGGUAGAGAGGGCCAGAUUGAGCCUGAAAAGAACUGAAACCUCCAUUCAGAUAAGAACCGACUCUGCGAAUGAGGCGAGCCCAAUAUCCCAAAUGCCUCCAUCCACACGAAAUAUGAUGGAAUCUCCCCUUCAGCAACAAUCGGCGGAGAUGCAAGAUCCUAAAUUGUUAUCUGAGAUUCGCUCAUCCGAAGUCUGGUGCACUUUGGUGUUUCGCAUGCUUUGCUGGCUGCGGCUUCACGAUUUCCACAAGGAUGAUCGUCAAAUUUCGAGCAAGAGUGAGCUUUGUGGGAGUCGAUUGCCCGUCUACAUUGGUUAG